AUGAAACUUCUCGAGCAUCCCACUCUCAGGAGCUCUCAUGGUGAUUACAAUAGAGAUGAUAGCUUCGGCUGUCAAUCCCACAUUGAGCGGGAUGUGAGGGAAGGUAUCGCGCUGGGAAAAAACCCACGUACCCACUGCUCCAAGAGUGCAGACACUAGAUUCAUGGCAAAGCAAACGCGCUUCCAACCCACAGUACUAGACCCAACUGUCAAGUCUUCUUUGCCCAGAGCUGAGCUGCAAUGGGUCUUAUUUCUCAAUCAAAAGAAGGCGAAAGUGUUCGUCAACACAAGCACCUACGAUGGUCUAUUUAUAAGGUCAACAUUCUUGAAUGGUCACGAUUAA